AGGAUCGUGGUGAAGAUGGCGGCGCAAAAUUCGACACCGAGUGAUCUUUACAAAAUGGUUUAUUCGUUUCUCCUGGAGAACAAGUUCACCAAGGCGGCUCAGCAGUUUCUGAAACAGACUAAAGUGACUCCACAGGAUCAAAAUGAAGAAAGCCUCGUCGACAUCUACAACUUCUGGGUGAAGUCUCCUGAAACCAAGAAACGAAAAGCACCUACCAACAAGGCUGAAGCUUCAAAUGGCCCAUCAGCCAAGAAAGCAAAAACCAGUACAGAGAGCUCCAGCAGUGAAGAGUCGAGCAGUGAGGAUGAAGCUGUUGCAAAACCAAUUAAAGCAGCCCCUGCAGCAGCCAAGGUGGUGCCUGCUAAAGCAGCAGCUAAAGCUGCAUCCAGCAGCAGUGAAGACUCCAGUGAAUCAGAGGAGGAGAAGGUUCCUGCAAAGGCUCCUGUGAAGCCGCCUGCUGCAGGCAGCUUGAGGAAGAAAGACAGCAGCUCUAGUAGUGAAGAAUCUGACUCGGAGGAUGAGCAGCCCGCCAAAGCUGCUGCACCAAAACCCAAGGCUGGUGCAGUCACAACACCCAAACCAGCUGUUCCUGCUAAAGGUGCCGCUCUGAAAAAGCAGGAGAGCAGCAGUGAAGAGAGUUCCUCAGAUUCUGAAGAUGAAAGAGCCAGCCAAGGUAUGCUAAAAGAAUCUGGACACAUUUUUUUUUUUUUGUUUGCUCCAGUCAAACCCGCCCCAGUGAAGGCUGCUGCACAUGCUGCUGAAUCGAGCAGUGAAGACUCUUCAUCUGAAGACGAGGCUCCACCCAGCAAAAAAACAAAAGCAGGAGCAUACAGCGCUGUCCCACCUCCUGCUUCAGUCCAGAAAGCUCCAGCUGCACCAGCAGCCAGCAAGGCCAAGGACAGCGACUCCUCGGAUACCAGUGAUGACAGCAGUGACGAGGAAAAACAAAAGAAAGUAGCUGUGAAACCAGUCAAGGCCGCUGCUGCCAAGCCUGGUGUGCCCAAACCUACUGCAAAGAAGCAGGAGUCCAGCUCUGAGAGCUCAGAUUCAAGCUCUGAAGAGGAGACAAAGAAGCCCGCAGCCAAAGUCACCCCAGCUAAAGCAGCCCCAGUCAAACCUGUCCCAGCAAAGGCUGCACCUGCUAAAAAAGAAGACUCAGACUCAUCAAGUUCAGAGGAGGAAGAGGAGGUGAAGAAACCUGCAGCGAAGAUGACUCCCGCUAAGACGGCUCCAGCUAAACCUGUUGCAGCUAAAGUCACACCUGCUAAAGAAGAGUCCUCAGAGGAGGAUUCCAGUUCAGAGGAGGAGGAGACUGCAAAGAAGCCCACAGCUAAACCUGCACCUGCCAAGACUACUACCCCCGCUAAAAAAGACGAGUCCUCAAGCUCGGAAUCAGAUGGCAGCUCUGAAGAUGAGGCUCCUGCAAAACCUGCCACUAAAGCUGCAGCCCCAAAGAUACCUGCUGCUGCUUCUAAACCUGCAGCCAAGGCGGCAGAGAGCAGCUCUGAUUCAGAGGACUCCUCUGAGGAUGAGGAAGAGCCAGUGAAAGCCAAGCCAGCGGCUAAACCAGCUACCCCAGCUUCAAAGCCUGCUACUCCUGCAGCUAAGCCUGCUGCUGCAGCAGAGAGCAGCUCAGACUCUGACUCCUCUUCUGAAGAUGAAGAACCAGUUAAGGCUAAACCUACAGCAGCUAAACCGGCUGCUGCUAAACCAUCUACCCCGGCUUCAAAGCCUGGUACUCCUGCAGCAAAGCCUGCUGCUGCAGCAGAGAGCAGCUCAGACUCUGACUCCUCUUCUGAAGAUGAAGAACCAGUUAAGGCUAAACCUGCAGCAGCUACACCAGCCUCAAAGCCUGGUACUCCUGCUGCAAAGCCUGCUGCUGCAGAGAGCAGCUCAGAAUCUGACUCCUCCUCUGAGGAUGAGGAAGAAGUGGUGAAAGCCAAGGCGGCAGCAGCUAAGCCUGCAACACCGGCUGCAAAGCCUGCUGCAAAGCCUGCUGCAAAGCCUGCUGCAAAGCCUGACAGCAGCUCGGAUUCUGAUAGCGAUAGCUCAGACUCAGAGAAUGAGGCAGCCAAACCUGCAGUCAAGAAACAAACUCCAGCAGCAGCCAAGAAACCUGCCCCUGCUGUCAGCAAGGCUCCUGCAGACACCAAUGAUGACAGCUCCAGUGACGAGGAGGAACCCAAGAAGGCAGUGCCCUUACCCAAGCCCGCAGCUGCAAAAAAGAAGGCUGAGGAGAGCAGCUCCGACUCCUCGGACAGCUCUGAUUCUGAGACGGAGACCAAGUCCACCCCUGCUAAGCCUGCAGUCACCAACGGCAAGGCAGCAACACCCAAGGCUGCAGCAGCCAAGACCCCUGCAAAGCCAGCAGAGUCCUCCUCCAGUGACAGUAGCUCUGAAGAGGAAGAGGAGGCCAGUAAAAGUACUGUAAAACCUGCUGCAACAGCCAAGACCACCUCUGCAACUAAACCUAAAGAGAGCAGCAGCAGCUCCUCAGACAGUUCAUCAGAGGAGGAGGAAGCACCACGCAGAGCAGCCACAGCACCCAACACCCCCGCAACAAAUGGUACCAAUGCAAAGAGAAAAAGAAAUUGUGAAUCAUCAGAAAGUGAAGGGGAAGAGACAGAAGUCAAGACACCAGACAACAAGAAAGCAACCACAACACCACAGACUUUUCCUAAAGCCAGUAAGAAGUCUUCCAACAUACCGUUCCGUAGAAUAAGAGAGGAAGAAGUAGAGUUGGAUCCCCGCCUCACAGACAACUCUUUUGAUGCAAAGUUUGGAGCCAAAGGGGACUGGGGCCAGAAAGCUAACGACGUGCUUAAGUUCACGAAAGGCAAGUCAUUCCGCCAUGAAAAGACGAAGAAGAAGCGGGGAAGCUACCGUGGCGGAGCCAUCUCCACAACAGUCAACUCUAUUAAGUUUGACAGUGACUGAGGACAUUGUCACUCUCUCCCACCUGAACUGUACUGUACCUGAUCAGUUGUUUGCUUCCUCCGCCUGUAAACAGUCCCUCUAUCAUUACCAUGCAGCAGCACACUGAAAGAGGAAUGUGACCCGUAGAGCUGAGUUGGCACUUUCAUUUAGUUAGCUGCCCUUAGUUUGAAAUAGAGCCCAUUCGUUUGAUCUCUGAUCUGUAGCUACAGCUAGUGGAGCUGUGGCAGCAGGAGAGAGAGACUUCAGACUCUUCUGCUAAAGGUUGAUAUCAAUGUGACGUUAUUACCACUUAUAGCCACUAGGUGGCUGCAGGCCAUCUGUUAAUGGUAAAAAGCGAAUGUGUGUUGGGCCCCUUAUAAUUUUGCUUGUUAGUCUGUACUUUAUUCUCAAAUAACAUGUCUUGUCAUUUCUUUGUAACAUACAUUUUUCAUUUAUCUACGUACGAAUUACAGCCAUUCAUCCCGACAGGCUCUUUAUUGUGUGUUAACAAAAGGCUGAUAUUGAUUUUUAAUGUAUCACAUGGAUUUCUUGAAGUUUGUUUGGUGAGAGGGCGUGUUCUCGGGUUUUUUCUCUUUACAUUUCAUGAACAUUUGGAGAGUAGAACUGAGUUUUAUACUGUGUAUUUAUUAAGUUUUAUUCCAUUUCAACCUUACGGACCUAUCAAGCCAUCUCGAGAUAUUCUUAAGCCAUUUUGCUUUGUUUCUCCUGGCGUUAGAAUUCCCCUGACAAACCCCUUUGUUCAUCAGUGGUGUGGAAUUUAUCCACAAACAUAACUGAGAGCCAUGUUUGUUUUGAUUAUUUGAAUUUACUCUGAACUUUUGUGUACCUCGUUAUUUUUUUAUUGUCAAUUCUUGUAACGAUGAUUAAAGACCUUACAGACUAAA